AUGUCGAGUAUUGCUGGAAAACGACGUGUUCGUACCAUUACGGUCACUGCUUGUAAAAAUAUAUUUGAGAGGGCCAAUGAGUGUAUGGCUAAUUUUAGCCAGGAUAGUAACUCUUUUGAGGAACUAUCUAGUUUUAAAGAAGUUUUGAUCGAAAAAUAUAAUAAAGUUAAAGCGAUUGAUGAUGAUUUAAUCAAUUUAAUUGAAGAUGAUGAGGAAUUGUUAAAUGAAGAAAAUUUAGCUAAUGAUAUUAACGAGUCGCAAUCUAGCAGUUUAAAAAGUUUUUCAAAUAAUAACAUUAAACUUCCACCUUUAAAAUUAAGUACCUUUACUGGAAAGCCAGAGGAAUGGCAGACCUUUUAUGAAAAUUUUGAAUGUGCCAUCCAUAAUAAUAAUGAUCUUUCCCCAAUACAAAAGCUUAACUAUCUAAGAAAUUUACUUGACGGGAAAGCUUUAAAAACAAUUUCAGGCUUAGCAUUAACAAACGACAACUAUCAUACAUCAUUGGAAUUACUUAAGGAAAGAUUUAAUGAUAAACAACUGUUAAUUUCGACACAUAUGAAGUCACUUCUAUCUCUAGAGAGAGUGCAAAGUAUUAACAACAUUUCUUUAUUAAGGCGUAUUCAUGAUAAUAUCGAAGUUCAAAUUAGAAGUUUAGAAAACUUAGGUAUAGAUUCAACUAUGUAUGGACCUUUAUUGAUUCCUAUUAUAAUGCAAAAAAUUCCAGAGGAGUUAAAUUUGAUUAUUGCUAGAAACUUCGAUUCCUGUGAUUAUUGGGAUAUAAAAUAUGUUUUAAAAUCUUUAAAAGCUGAGUUGCAAGCUAGGGAAAAAGCUCACUCAGGUAGAGAGUGUAAUUUUGAUCCUUCAACAGCAGAAGUAUUACAUUCUAGUGCUUCUUUUAAGCCACAAUAUGAAUUAAAAUGCAUUUUUUGUAGUAAAAGUCAUAAAAGUGAAAGUUGUAAAACUGUAACAAAUAUAAAUUCAAGGAGAAAUGUUUUAAGAGAUAAAAGGCGUUGCUUUAAUUGCCUGAAAUCAGGUCAUAUGUCUAAAGAUUGUCGUUCUAGAAUAAGCUGUUAUGAGUGCUCAGGGAAGCAUCAUGUUUCUAUGUGUUUUAAAAGGUUUCCUUUGCAUAUUGAUGAUAGUAAAGAACCAAACAAUAAGUUAACGUCUGUUGCUACUACAGAAGCAUUGAAAUCUAAGAAUGUAUUGUUACAAACUGCUAUGGUUACAGUAAAGAAUAAAGAUAAGACACUAAGAUGUCGCCUUUUAUUUGACAGUUGUUCUCAGCUGAGUUAUAUUUCCCCAUCAUUACGAAAGAAGCUCUUUCUACCCACAUUAGGUAGAAAGCAAUUAAAUAUUAAAACUUUUGGCAAUCAGAGCCAAACCCAGAACUUAGAGAUGGUUAAACUUUCUAUAUUGACUUUAAAGAAUUCCUUAAUACCUAUAACUUGUUUUGUUAAGCCCAUAUGUGCUCCUCUUAGUGGUCAGUAUAUAGAGGAGGCUGUCGAUUCCUUUGAACAUUUAAAAGGAAUCAAUUUAGCUGAUAGUAAUGUAGAUUGCAAAUCAUUGGAAGUAGAUGUACUUAUUGGAGCGGAUUAUUAUUGGUCAUUUUUUAAUGGCAAGGUAAUUCGCGCCAAUAAAGGUCCUGUUGCUUUACAAUCAUCAGUUGACUGUAGAUAUACAGUUAAAUUACCAUUUAAAAAUAACCAUGCAUUAUUGAGCGAUAACUAUAGUUUAUGUAUAAAACGUCUGAAUGUAACUCUUAAUAAAUUAAAAAAUGAUUCUGAGCUAUUAAAUGAAUACAAUAAGAUAAUUAUAGAGCAAUUAAAUUCAGGGGUAAUAGAGAAGGUAAAUAAUUAUGAUUGGAGUAUUGGUGAGGUGCAUUACUUGCCACAUCGCCCAGUAUGUCGUAAAGAUAAAACUUCAACAAAAGUGAGAAUUGUUUUUGACGCAAGUUCCACUCUAUCGGGUCCAUCAUUAAAUGAUUGUAUAAAUGCUGGACCAAGUUUAGCUACACCUCUAUUUUUUAUAUUAUUACGUUUUCGUGCUAAUAAAUAUGCCUUUAUUGCAGACAUAGAGAAAGCAUUUUUGCAGAUUGCCCUUGAUAAAAAUGAUAGAAAUUAUUUGCGUCUAAUAUGGUUUGAUGAUAUUUAUAAUAUUAAUAAUAGUAAUUUGUUUUCAUCUGCAUUGGCUACUUAUCGUAUAUGUAGAGUGCCUUUUGGUGUUACUUCAUCUCCAUUUCUCCUCAAUGCCACGUUAAUUUAUCAUACUGAGAGAUAUUGCCUUAAUGAUAAUAUUUCCUCAAAGUUGUUGCAAUCCUUGCAUAUAGACGAUUUGAUUUCUAGUUGUGUUACCAUUGAAGAAGGUAUUUUAUUUUUUAAUAAAUGUAAAGACAUAUUAAAAGAAGGAGGUUUUAACUUAAGAAAGUUUGAGUCUAAUUCUUCAGCCUUUGAGAAACAAAUUAAUGGUGACAAUUAUGAGAGACAAACGAAUACAAGAGUUUUAGGCCUCAAAUGGAAUAAGACAGAGGAUUCAAUAAUUUAUUCAUUUGAGGAUUUAUUAAAUGUAGCCUCAAUAGUUCCAACAAAGAGAGAAGUAAUGAGUUUUAUUGCCAGUAUUUAUGACCCAAUAGGUCUUAUUAAUCCAGUAGUUGUAACUUGUAAAAAUUUAUUUCAAAGGAUUUGUGUUUCUAAGUUAGGUUGGAAUGAAAAUUUGUAUGGUGAUUUAUUGUCUACUUGGAAUCUUAUUUUAAGUGAUUUCAAAUCUGUUUUUCAAAUAGCAGUACCUCGAUGGUAUAUGAGUCCUGGGUUGGGUAAUAUAAAUAAUGUAAAAUUUGAAUUACAUGGUUUUUCUGAUGCAAGUGUUAAGUCGUUUGGGUGUUGUGUUUAUCUUAGAUUUUUUAAUGCUAAUUUUAGUCGUGCCUCUUUGAUAGCCUCGAAGUCUAGGGUUGCCCCAUUAGGCAAGAACACAAUGCCUCGAUUAGAGCUUUCUGCAACUUUACUCUUAGCAAAGCUAUUAGCAUCUAUUUACGAUCAAUUGAUAUCUAUUUAUAACAUUUCAAAUAUAGUAUAUUGGACUGAUUCAACAAUUUGUUUGCAUUGGAUUUUUAAUACUAAUAAUACCUAUGAACAGUUUGUACAAAAUCGUUUAAAUAAAAUAAGAGAAUUGACUUUAAUUUGUAAUUGGAACUAUAUUGAAUCCUUUAGGAAUCCUGCAGAUAUAAUAUCACGAGGAUCUUCGCUUAAGAAAUUAAAUAAUAAUGAACUUUGGUUUUAUGGACCCAAUUUUUUAAAUGAUAUUAAUAUUAAAUGGCCAUAUUAUGAACAUGUUAAUCAUUCAAAUGAAACACAUGAAGUUUUGUGUAAUGUGGUACAUGUUAAGGUUAAUGUUAAUCUUGACUUUAUUAAUGUUGAUAAAUUUAGUGAUUUUAGGUAUUUACUUCGAGUAACAUCGUGGAUUCUUCGGUUUAUCAAUAAUGCGAAAGAUAAAAAGAAGAACAUCUUCAAGACUGGUUUAAUUACAGCUGAAGAAAUAGAUAAUCUUGUCAAGCACAAUGGUGUGAAAGAAACAAUUAAUGCUUUAAGAUCCCAGUAUUGGAUACCUUGUUGUAGGCAGUUAGCAAAGAGCGUGAUACGAGAAUGUACAACUUGUCGACGUAUAGAGGGUAGGCCUUAUUCAUACCCACCUGCUCCACCUUUGCCUGAAAGUCGUUUAAAUUCUGAUUUCGCCUUUAAAAGUAUUGCUUUGGAUUAUGCUGGUCCGCUGUAUAUUAAAGAUAUUUAUGGCGAUUGUACGUUGAAUAAAGCAUGGAUUUUCUUAUUAACAUGUUGCAGUAGUCGUUCGAUUUUAUUAGACUUAGUAGCUGACUGUUCAUCUAGAUCAUGCAUUAUGGGUAUCCGUAGAUUUAUUGGAAGACGGGGUGUUCCAGAAAUUAUUUAUUCAGACAAUGGUUCACAAUUUUUUCAACUGAAACUCAGUACUUUGCUGCAAACCAUUCUAUAA